UCAAGGUCAAUUUCAUUGGGAUGACCUCAAACCUCUUAAUGAUUCAUUGAACUUUAUGAAGUGUUUUGAUGACAUACCAGUAGGUAAUAACUUAACACUGCAUGCAUGUGAAUUCAAAACCUUUUUCAAGAACUGUAAAUCUAAUCCUCCUGCUAUAAUAACUGGUAUUAAUAUUACUAAUGACUCUACAUCUUCAGUUCUAAUGUCAUCAGUUCAUUCAUCAUCAGUAUCACUUACAUCAACAGUAUUGACUACUCCAUCAAUGAUGUCUGUAUCAUCAAUAAUAUCUACUUCACCAACAGUAACUAAUUCAACAGCUCCAACUAUGCCAUCAUCUACUUCAAUUGCUUCGUCAAUGACAUCUUUACCAACGAGAAUGCCUACUUCGUCUGAAGCAACUCCAUCAAUAAUGUCUGAAUUUAAAACAUUUCCUUCAUCAGUGUUGGCUACUUCAGCUACUUCAUCAGUAUCAAGUUCAACAGUACAGCAAGUUACAAGUAGCUCGAUCAUAAACAGUACUACAGAUACUCCUACCAUCAGUAGUUCUACUUCUAUUUGUCGUAUCACUAGAUUAACUAGUACAUUAGUGACAGGCACUUCAACUGCUUCAUCCUCAUCUGUUACAGCACGUUCAUUUCUAACUUCUUCAUCCAUUGCUCUUUCAUCAAUAACUGUGCCACUUUUGUCCUCAUCUUCUUCAUUUUUAAUUUUGUCAUCAGUAACUUCUAUAGCUUCUUCUUCAUCCCCACCAUCUUCUUCAUUGACAGCUCCUUCAUCCAUAUCUUCUUCAUCAUUAAUUAUUGGACUGGCUUCUGGGAUAUCAAUUGCACUACUAAUUAUAAUAAUUGUUGUUAUAGUAAUUGUAGUGGUAGCAGCAACAGUUCAAUUUAAAAAGAGAAGAGGAAGAAUGGAAGUGACUACUGGUAACAUUUAUUCAACUGGACCAAAUAUGAUUCCAUUGAAUGGUGUUGUGAGAAAUGAUCUUCCUCCUAAUACUCCUCCAGCAGUAGUUCCCCCACCUAUUUACACAGGACUUGCAUUAGCAUUGACACCUCCCGAACUCGAAGAGAUGAGGAAUAAAAAUGAAGGAUUGGUGAAAGUGUUUGAAGUAUGGGAAGAAAUGGGUACUCGGCCGUUUACAUGGUUUACUUUAUUGAGUGUUUUGAGAUCAGCUGAUGUUGAUGAGUAUGAAUUAGCUGAUGAGUUAUCUAAACUAUAA